CGAGCCUCCGCCACGACACUCUGUGGCUCCGUAGCGCCGCGUUUCCCCCCGUUUUUCCGUGUCUUUCCGGGUUUUCACGCCCCACGAGCGAUCCUUGUGCGGAGGAUAUUCAAAUUUCGCGCGUGUGUCUUUGAAUUGUGACCAAAAAUUAACGAAUCUUAAUUGGAUUUUCGUGUGCAAAUUGGCGGCUCGUUUUCCUCAUUCCUCACACGGACAGUGAGGCGAGAGAGAGAGAGACUCUGUGACAAUUCUCACCUAAUUCUACCUCACUUUGCAAAAAACUCUCUGGGUAAUUUUGUGUGUCUAUCAGUUGUGUGAAUUUGCUCCGAAAUCUCAACCGGAAUCGCAACGAUAAGAGCCAACUUUCGAGACUUGAAAGCCACCGAACAGCUUCUGCAUUAUGUGCAACAUGAUCUCGCGCCAAUGACGAGCCGGAAGUGUAGUGAAUUGCGGUGCACGCUAGAGUAGCUCGCCAACUGAUGUGCUCUCAGCCUAGACCUCUCGCUUGAUUGUCUCUGUCCAAGUGCGGCGCAGAGUGACGAAAAAAGUGUCUCCGCCAUGAGUGAAAAUGUGGAAAACAGCGAGUACGAUCGGAUCUCGAUCGAGGACGCGGUGGAUCGACUGACCCUGGACGAUUAUCGGCGGAUUCUGCGGGAGUUGGACCAGAAUCGUGAUCUUCAGAAUCGGAGGCGCGAAAAAUUGAGUCAAGUGAGUCAGAGGCGCAAUUUGCGAAAGAAGCGUGCCUCGGAUGCAAAUCAAGAGACCAGCACGCGCUCCUCCUUUUGCUACCUGUGCAACAUCCGCGUGGCUCUCGAGGACAUCACAACAUUCGCCAUCUGUCGCGGCUGCGACAGGACAGUGUGCCGCGGAAGGCGCUGCUCAGAUUGGGACAGAGGAACCGGAUAUUGGGAGUGCAUUUCCUGCAUCCGCAGCAGAGACAGCCAAAUCAGGGCCGGCGAGUGGAUACUCGAUCAGUUGAAUCAGCGCUUCAAGAGUCCACGGAGUGACACAUCGCGCGAUGAUCUGUCCUUCAAGGAUGCAGAAACACAGUCCGAGGGAAGCUUCCUGGGAUCGGCACACUCCAUUUCUCUGGAGCAGAAGGAGAAGGUCAGGGAGUUUCUUGAGGACAUCAUAGCGUCAAUGAUCGGUGGAUCACUGGACAAUGUUCCUGUUAAUCAAACACACAAGCAUCCGAGCUAUCUACCUCUUCAGGAUGAGGAAGGCCCAGGCAUUGCUCAUGUCAAUCUCAAGCGAUUGAUCCAGAAAGUCAUCGAAGAGGCACUCAAUCUGCCGGAUUUGUUCAAUUACAGCGGCUUUCCGCCUCGUCCAGAGUCCCAUUUGCCCUACUUCAGCAGCAAGAAGUAUGAGCAACUGCUCGCCACAGCUGUGCUCAACAAGGUGGUUGAUCACUAUCGGAACCCCAAGAACCACCAAGAGAACUCGUCAGGCAUCCAGUCGGGCAGUGAAUUCGACAGCAAUCACAAUGCUGUGACCGAGAAGACGGGACUUUUGUCGCCAACAAGCCAGAAAGCGCUCGAUAAGAGACUCGAGGAGGCUUCCCAAGCGUCGGAAUCGAGCCUCAAGACGCGCAGCACUGACAGUGACGAGACAUACCUCAGUGACUACAUUCAGAAGCACCGGGUGCCGCUGCCGGACUUGUCUGCCGCCUCCUCAGAGGGCACAGUCGAGGACAACAGUUCGGAGAUCGCGUCAACAGUGGGAACUGAGGGCACUUGGGAGGAGAAUUGGUUGUUCAAGAAGCGCAAAGUCAAGACAGACACAAAUUCCACGGCCAUCGGGAUGCUAGUCCCGUCGCCAACUGAGGAAGUCAAGGCGCUGAUAGGCGAUAAGAAUGUCGAUGAAGUCAGUGACUUAUCAGAAGCCGGUUCAGACGCCGAAGAGGAUCACCAAGAGCGUCCAGCAGCGAAGCUCGUCGAGAGCAAGACAAUUAUUGGUGGAAAGAAUGAGUUGAUCUCACUUGAAGACACCUCAUCAGCCACUGAGAGUCUCCUCUCCAACCCAGACUCCGGGAUUAACGUGACAGAGGCCAGGAAUGAGGCGCUUCUCGAUCAGGACUUUCCCGAACCCACUGAGGCCAUCAAUCCCACUGUCAAUGGCACAGACGCUCCCAUCCCGACGCCCAGACAAUCCACAGUGACUGAGAAUCACGUCACUCCCAGAAGUCAAGAUCUGUACAGGGAGAAUCAUCUCAGCCACUUGAAGCCGGACGACCUUCCGGAGGGCAAUGGAAUUACCAAUUCUCCCACUUUCCCGGGUGAUUGGGUUCUCAUUCAGGGAUGUUGGGAAGUCAGCGAUCCCAAUCAGAGUAUCCUAGUCAAUUCUGGACAGUACACUUCACCUCUGAUCGCUCUGACACCAGAGGAAGAGAAGCUGUCAGCUAAUCAUCAAGUUCUCUCGCCUGACAGACUCUUUGGCUAUAAAUUCCUCAACGAUAUGAAGCCAGAUACUCUUCCGUCUCAGAAUAAAUCCACAGAUGUUGGAGUGUCCGCACUGAGAAUCUUCAGUUACGGAUAUCUGAGUGACAUGAAACCUGUCGAUCCACCGGCACAAGAUCCUCUGCCCACGCCAGAAGUGGAACUCUCCAGUACGGAUGAGUUUGUCUGCGUGAUGAAGUACGAUGAGAAGCGACAAUUGGUCAUUUGUGGAUCGCCUCAAGCGCAAAGGAGGGAAUUCUUUGAGGAGCAAACAGAGACUGAAGCUUCCAAUGAUUCUCCUCAAGAUUGGGAGCCACAAGUGUGUGAAAAAGUCGAGGAAGAGGCGAAAGAAACUCCACCAGCGGCUGAAGAGAUGAAAGAUGAGGAUGUAAAAGUUCCUGUUCCUCUUCCACGACAGAGAAGUCUGAAUAAAUCACCGGAAGAGGAAGAGCAUCCCUUAGAGAUCCGAUCAAUCAUUCAGGAGGACUUGAAAAAAGAACUGCCCGUGGAAGAAGAUAAUCAAGUUGAGGAAUUUGAAAGCAAACUCACUGAAAUUCAUGUGCGAGUUGAAGAAGUUCAGGAGGAAGUGAAGAUUGUGGAAAAAGUGGAGAAAAUUGAGCAGGAACAUGUGGAAAUUCACGUCAGGACAAUUGAGGAGCCUGAAAAAGAAGCUGAUGACACAGAAAAAGUCACUCAAGACAGUGAUAAAGCUCAAGUUGAAGAGAAAAAGGAAGUAGAAUCUGUUGAAUUGAUUGAGUUGGAUGAACCUAAAGUUGAGAUUCAUUUAAGAACAGCCGAAGUACCAGAAAUUCACUUGAGGACUGUUGACAAUCCUGAAGAGAAGGAAGUAACAAAGCCAUUAGUGCUUGAAACUGAGAUCUUAACAGAACAGAAGAUUGAAGAAAGCAAAGUGUUCUCACAGACAACAGAAACUGAGGAAGAACUCAAUGCAAAAAUUGCAGAAAUCUUGGAAGAAGAAGAACCUGAAGAGCCAGUCAAAACUGAAGAUAUCAUGAGUACAAGUCAGGAAAUCAAGGAACAGCUCAAGAAGAUCGUCAAGUCAGAUGAUGAGGAGAAACCGGAAGAAGUCCAGAGGCCAACGACUUUGGCAAUUGAGCCUGAAGAUGAAACUGUUCAUCUUCGCUACAAGAGUCCCAUUUUCCAGCAACUCCUCCCCAAAAGCCCUCCUCCUUCGGUCGUAAAACUUUCCACCAUUCCGGACGAUGAUAUUCAGAAGCUGAUAAGCGUGGCGAAUAUCAUCAAGAGAUCCUCGUACAGUCCAGAAGAGAUGGAGAGGGAAUUUGGUGAUGGUAGCACUAAUCUUACUAACCGCGAAGAAGCACCCAAAGUCUCAACUAAUGCUGAGUCUAUUGAAACAGUGUCCAAGCCUAGAUUGGGAACGGAAUCGCUUACUCCAGAGCCAGACAGUCUUGAGGAUGAGCACUUGAUUCCUGGAUCCAUUGCCGAGAGAGAACAUCUGAAGUGGCGACAUCCUGACACUGAUAUGCCAAACAAUCCUUAUUCCCCUGAAGCCUUGCAGCAGCGCCUCGUUGGGAAGACAUAUCACAGUCAGAGCUCAGUCACAAGCACGAGUUCUCACAUUGAAUCCCCACCGAAAACGCCAGAAAGGUCCUUGCAAGUGGUCCUGGGGGAAGAGAGUCCCGACUACAAGAGAUACGGCAGGGAUUAUUACAUCAACGACGCGAAGAAAUCGUCCGGCAGCAGAAAGAAGCAGCCCGAAUCGCUGAGUGCAUCCGAAGAGGACAAAUCGGGACUUUUUGUCGCCACGCCGAUCAGAGUGGAUGAAACAGAGACAACAGGACUGAGCAUUGAGUCCUCAGAGACCAGCAAUACGUCCCUCCAACUCACGGACAGCCUCACGCCCAGCGAGGACUCGGACACCACGAGAAUCUAUGAAAUUGAGACGCGCGAGACGCGAUUGCUGCGCGAGAGUGUCAUUAUGAGUUCUAAGAAGGCCGUCGGAAGCACCAGAACCCCUCCCUCGACCCCAACAGAGGAGAACGCCCAGCCGCCGGCCUUUCCCAUCUCCCCGCAGGCCAUCGAGGAGGAGACCAGAGUGCUGCAGGAGAUCGAGGAGAAGCGGACAGUGUCGCCGAGCACAGUCAAGUUCUUUGCGCCCAAGAAGCCUCCAGUCUUCUCCCCAACCACUCCCACUGCCCCCGAACAGCCGGCAGUGAAUGGCUCAUCGAUGGAGAAGAAAGAGAUUAACAAUAACAACGAGGAGAUGAGCAAGACAGUCAUUGAAGAGGAAGUUUUAUCUACUCUGCCGUCCGUUAAGAAGUUAAUGAGUGCCUUCACGACCGCCGAUCAAGCGGAAGAGGCUAAUAAACCAGUCCACAGAGCCAGACCAAAAAUAAAACUGAGAACGUCCCUGCCCUUGGCGGCUGACCAGGAGCCUUUCAGAGCGACUGAAGGAAAGAAGAUUUCUCCCAGCAAUGGCAAGUCACCGAUCGUGCCCGGCUACAGCAUCACAGCCAGGAGUUUGUCGAAGCAAUUCCGCGACGAAUUGAAACAUUCGACGAGCCAGGAAGACGAGACGCCCAGAGAGGAGGAGCGCGGCAAGAGGCACAGCAGCCCAGAGCGUCCGCCGAGUCCUGUACUCGUGCCAGGACGUCUCAAGAGCAACAUCGCCUUCUUUGAGAACCUCCGCAAUAAAUGAAGCGCUUUUGCCCUCUCUCGAACCUUUGAGAGAAAGGCCAAAGGCGCUGUGGAGAGAGCCAGAAAGUGCCAUUGUUAGGGAGAUUCAUCCGUUCAUAAGUCUGUAAAUACAUUGUAUAUCGAAGGAGUGUCUAUUCUAUACGUGAAAUAUUAUUAUAUCCUUUUUGCGAAA